AUGUAAAUUAAUUAAGCUCUCCCAAUACAUUGUGCUUAUUGUUUUGAUGUCCUGAUUGCAUCUUUACAAAAAAAGGAAGUGCCAAAACCAACCUUCUAAGAAUUCGACGUCCCUGUCUUUGUGACUUUCCAUGCAAACAAGGAAGAUUUGAGAGGGUGCAUUGGAACAUUUUCUCCUGGUCCCCUAGCUCAACAAUUAGCAAAAUAUACUUAUAUGUCAGCCUUUAAGGAUAGCAGGUUCCCUCCAAUACAGACAAAAGAAUUGGAUACACUAGAUGUUGGAGUGAGCUUGUUAAUCAACUUUUAGAAAGGAAAGAAAUGGAAUCAAUGGGAAGUGGGGAAACACGGAAUUAUUAUUGAUUUCUCAGAAGGGGGCAGAGAAUAUGGUGCUACUUUUUUACCUGAAGUAGCAGCCGAAUAAGAAUGGGAUAUCAAUACUACAUUGGAACAUUUGAUUGCAAAAGCAGGAUACAGAAAGAAUUACUAAAAUGUGUUAGAUAAGAUUGAUUUGACCACUUACGAAACUUCAAAAGCUAAAUUGACUUAUGCUGAAUAUUUAGAAUUGAAGAAAUGAUCAAUAUAUAUAAAUUAUCAUUCAGGAUUUUAUAAUAUAACAUUUA